GCCCCGGCUCAGGCGCCGCCGCCGCCCGGUGUCCGCGGGCGGCAUGAGGAGAGCCCGGGGGCGGCUGCCGGGGCCGCCAUGUCGCUGCUGUGCGUGCGAGUAAAAAAAGCUAAACUCCAUGGACCACCAGAUAAAUUCAAUACGUAUGUGACACUGAAGGUGCAAAAUGUGAAGAGCACGACGGUGGCCGUGCGUGGUGACCAACCCUGCUGGGAACAGGACUUUAUGUUUGAGAUCAACCGACUGGACCUGGGACUAAUUGUUGAAGUAUGGAACAAAGGACUGAUCUGGGAUACCCUGGUUGGGACCGUGUGGAUUGCUCUGAAGGCCAUUCACCAAUCUGAUGAGGAAGGUCCUGGGGAAUGGUCUACGUUGGAGGCAGAAGUUGUAAUGAAACAUGAUGAAAUCUGUGGAACCAAAAACCCAACUCCUCAUAAAAUUUUGCUGGACACAAGAUUUGAAUUACCUUUUGAUAUCCCUGAAGAAGAGGCCAGAUACUGGACCAGAAAAUUGGAACAAAUAAAUUCACUGGGAGAUGAUGAGUACUCCUUUCAGGAGGAAGUCCAGAAGAAACCAUUGCCCAGUGCUGCCUCCCAGUGUUGCAGCUGGAGUUAUUUCGGAUGGGGAGAACAGCUGACCUUUGAAGAUGCUGACAGUGCUGUGGAUGACCGGGACAGCGACUACCGCAGUGAGACCAGUAACAGCAUCCCCCCUCCGUACCACACCACGGCCCAGCCCAACGCCUCCGUGCACCAGUUCACGGUACCCUCGCGCCUGCAGCAGCAAGGGGUCCUGCGGGAUUCCUGUGCUGACUCCCUACAAAACUAUGAUCUGGAUUACCGGGAGCACGUGGCCAUCAGUCCUGUUGGCAGUAGUAGAUAUGGCUCCUCUUGCAAUGUCAGCCAGGAAAGCUCUCACCUAAGUGAGCUGGAACAUUCCCAUGAAAGUGCCCAUGGCUCUGAGCAGGAUGAUGAUCACCAGGAAAGGCAGUCGAAUCAUUCCUACCACAGUUCGGGCAGCUACCAGAAGGAUGGUCAGGCUUGGCUCAGAGAGCAAGAGGAACCUCAUGGCAAAGGAGAGGAGGAGAAGCUCUGCAAGGCAGAGGAAAAACAGGCAGACCAUCCUGCAGCUAAGUUACCUCUGGAACUUGAGAAGCCCAAGGAUGUUGAGGCAGAAGUCCAAAUGAGCUACCAUGGUGACAACGAGCCACCACCAUUUCCUCCAGCAAGAGCCCACUGGAUUAGAGCAAUUAGCAAAGUUCGACUGCAGCUUCAAGAGAAGGAGGUAGAGGAGAGCUCCAGGGCCAAGAUGUGGCUGAUCCAUCAAAACCACCCUGGCUCAAAGGAGG